AGCUAAACAGGUAGCGAUGUUCAACCGAUUUUUGACGUCUAGUUAAGGUCAAGAAAAGAUGACAAGGCAGAGAAAAAGAAAUGUGGCCAGAAAUGGAGUGCCUCACUCGCAGGAGGAAAAACCAAUCCUCCAAGGUCGCAAAGAGAAAAAAAAGAAGAAGCCUGCGGACAUCGGCAAGAUUCUUAUCAACAUAUCUAUCGGGUUGUGCAUUUUCAGUCUUAUCUGGUUUUUCUAUGCCCUGUACAUGCGCUCGUUAUUGGCCAAAAGAGUCGUGACGCCGCACCCUUCUCCACGGGUGCUAGACGCCAAUAGCACCAGUGCUGCUGUGUCCCCGGAAAGGUUUUGGGGCACAUAUCGGCCCCAGGUCUAUUUUGGCAUGAAAACAAGAAGUCCAAAGUCUGUUGUUACAGGUUUAAUGUGGAUGCGUCAGUUCUCGGAUGGGGAGUUAAAGCUUAGGCACACGUGUGAACAGGGGGACCAUUUACGCUCCUACGGCUGGCUGAUGCACAACGGCCUUAACUUCGGUGUGCAGGAGAUUCACGACGACGAUUUCAUCCUCACAACAGAGUAUGCUAAACGUGUAGGUGGGGAGCAUGGUGGUGAUUGGACAUGGAGAAUAACAGCCAAACAACACAGCUCUGCCCCUCAAGCUCCGAUCAUCUCGCUUAUGUUCUACGUGGCCGCGGAUACUCAGGGUUCCCUGCAAGGUCACAUUGAGGAAAAAAGUCACCUGAGCUCCGUUACUGGCACUUCGGAGGAACUGGGAAACUUCAAGAUCACUUUUCGCAAACCAACUGCCGGAGAGACGGCUAGUGCAAAAUAUGCCAGCUACAAUUAUCUCCAGACACGGAGCCCUGGUCUGGACAGGUUGAAAAACAUAGUGGAGAGCAGCAUGAGUCGCAGAUUUGUUUUCAAUUCACCCUCUGGUGAGAGAAGACCUUACUUCGCCGUGGACACCUAUUCACCCCCUCCAGAGCAGCACUCGCAAAACGAUAACCGCGUACAGAGUGACUUUAUUGUUCAUCAGGUAACUGUCCAGGCCCCAUUCCAGAUCGAAGUUUUGUUUGAGUCCGGAAGCUUCCAUGACCGACCGAACCAGUUGGUGGGCUCGGUGCUGACUGAGGAGCUGGAGCAGCAGAAGACGGCUUUUAAUGAGAAGUUUGAGAAGACCUUCGGGCUUCAGGUUAAAGGUUUCAAUCCAUCCCAGGUUAAAUUCGUCAAGGCUGCUUUUAGCAACAUGCUUGGUGGAAUUGGCUACUUUUUUGGACAGUCUGUGGUGCAGUCAGUUUACAACGAGCACCCCUUACUCUACCCUGAGGGGGCAUUGUUUACUGCAGUGCCCUCUCGUUCCUUUUUCCCAAGGGGAUUCUUGUGGGAUGAAGGCUUCCAUCAGCUCCUUCUAAGCAAAUGGGAUUCGCAGGUGACCCGUGAGGUUGUCGGGCAUUGGCUGGACUUGAUUAACAUUGAAGGCUGGAUCCCACGUGAGCAGAUUUUGGGGGAUGAAGCCCUCAGCAAGGUUCCUUCAGAGUUUGUGGUGCAGCGCAAUGAAAAUGGCAACCCGCCAACAUUCUUCUUAGUCCUGGAGGAGUUUGUUGAGAAGCUCGAGACCCUUCCUGAAAAUGAAUCUUUUCAGAAGACUCUAUCCUUCCUUCGCAGACUCUACCCUCGACUUCAGACUUGGUUCGAUUGGUAUAAUACCACCCAAGCAGGACCUCUGCCCAACUCCUACCGUUGGCGAGGCAGAGACACAGACACCAACCUUUUUCUCAACCCUAAGACAUUGACCUCUGGGUUGGACGACUACCCUCGUGCGUCACAUCCAUCUGCAGACGAAAGGCAUGUCGAUUUGCACUGCUGGAUGGCGUUGGCAUCCCGGGUCAUGUCAAGAGCUGCACAACUGAUUGGCGAGCCCUAUCAGGAAUACGAACGCACCUACCAAACCCUGAGCGAUAACACACUACUGAAUGAGUUGCACUGGUCUGAGCAGCAUCGUGCUUUUUGCGACUAUGGCAACCACACCCAUGCCGUUUCCUUGCAGCAAGAAAAGGUCUUUGUGCCACCUGGGCAGCCAAGGCACCAUUUCCCAGCGGCACGCCUGGUGCGAGCAGUUCGCAAAGCCCCCAAACUUCAGUUUGUCAACGCGCUUGGCUACGUUAGUCUGUUCCCCUUCCUGCUUCAAAUCCUGACACCCGAAUCCGACAAAAUCGAGCACAUAUUGCGAGAUAUUAGGGAUCCUGACCGCCUUUGGACGCCCUACGGCUUGCGCUCACUGUCUCAUUCGGAUCCUCUGUAUAUGAAGCGCAACACCGAGCAUGAUGCCCCUUACUGGCGCGGAGCGAUAUGGAUCAACAUGAAUUACUUAGCAAUAAAGGCACUGCAUCAUUACAGCAGUGUAGAGGGGCCAUACCAGGACAAGGCUGCUGCUCUCUAUCAAGAGCUCAGGACUAAUGUUAUCAAUAACAUUUACAAACAAUACCAGGCAACUGGCUAUAUCUGGGAACAGUAUAACGACAGCACUGGCAGGGGACAAGGAAGCCAUCCCUUUACUGGCUGGUCAGCUCUGACUCUGCUAAUGAUGGGUGAACAGUACUGAGACCGUUGCAAGUUCAGUAUUUUAACAUGCGGGCUAUCCAAAUGCGCCAUCUCAAGAAAUGCUGCCCAUUCACGAGUUCUUGUUUCAUUAAUUGAUGAAGAAAAAACUGUUUUGUUUUUUUUAAUUGUUCACUGUAUUUUGACAAGAUUUUGGUGUGAUUUAAUUAAAGAGGAGCUUUUUUAUAA